GGAGUGAGCGCAGCUGUCGUGAGAAAGGGACGCCAAGAAUCUGGGGGGGAGGUGUUAUGGGAGUAGAGUAGGGUAUCUUGGAAGAACCUUCCGCUGUGUGUACGCACCGGCCCGGGAGCGCUUGCGCGCUUGGCAGUGUCCCGGCUCUGAGUGGUGCGGGCAGAAAGUUCUCUGUCCCCGACCCACGAGUGUGCUGGUAGAACUUAGUGACACGACCGAAUGUGUGUGUGUCGGUCCGGUGGGUGCGGGCAACAGCCACUGUACACUAUAUACCAUAUUCCAGCUUUCAGAUUGGAAGUUUGGAGCGUUACUCCUGUCAACGAAAACUUAAGGAGACUCACCUUUCUGAGAGACAAAAAACAGUUUUGUUCAAAAUGGUUUGCAGACCAGGGAGACACAGCCUCCAGGAUGAACCUCAGGGAAUGUGGGGCAACGUUUUUAAAGGCAAAAACCACAGAAAAACGCUGACCGUUAAUGGGAUUGGUUGCACAGAGAAGCAGAGUCAUAGGUAUACAGUAUACAUUUUCUGCUUGGUUAAAGCAACCAGGCUUUCUAGUUUCCGUUAAUUCGUGGUCAGCAGGUAGAGUUAGGAAAUGUGGCCAACGGUUGGAGUCAUGAGACGGCAGCACAGGGUAUCACAAGACUGAGACCAUUGUUUCAGUUUCCCUUGGAGCUUGUAAAACAAACUUAUAAAACAGGUAAUAAUAGAACAGACAAUGUAGGCAGAAAGUGCAGUUUGUCAUGUGGACUGAGUCAGAGUUCAAACUGCAGAGUUGCCUAGUCUCUUAAGCAAAACCAGAGACCAAAAUGCAAAAAUGGCCGGAUAUUUGGCCACGAAGGACUCUGCCUUUAUCCACACGGAGAGCACACAGGAGGGAAUGGCUGCUGUGGCUCCGACUGCCAGAUACCAGGAAUCAGUGACAUUCAUGGAUGUGGCUGUGAUUUUCACAGACGAAGAGUGGGGGCAUCUGAUCCCUAUUCAGAGGGAUCUCUACAAGCAGGUGAUGCUGGAGAACUAUGAGAGCAUUGUCUCACUAGGACUUCCAGUUCCUCAACCUGAUGUGAUUUUCCAGUUGAAGAGAGAGGAUAAGCCUUGGAUAGUUGAUCUUCAUGGAUCUGAUGAGAGAGGGAACAUUUCUCUAGACUGGGAGUCUAAGCCCGAGAUUCAAAGUGCUUCAGAAGAAAAAUCAGAAGGAAUGUUGAGGGAAAAGCUUGGAAGAAAAGGUCCUCUGUGUCCUAAAUUUGAAGUUCAUGCACUGGAAGGUGGGUUGGAAACAGAGAAGGCGAGCCCUGCAGUGGAGACCUGCAAGAAAUCCUUUUCCCGGGAGGAAAGCUUGCGACAAAGGUCAACUCCUCCCAAGAAAAUUCUCACUAAAGACAAAGACCAGGAAUGCAGCAGUUGUGGGAAGACCUUUUUUGACCAUUCGUCCCUUAUCCGCCAUCAGAGGACUCACACAGGAAAGAAGCCCUAUGACUGUCACGAGUGUGGGAAAGCCUUUUUCAACCGUUCAUCUCUAACUGUACAUCAGCGAAUCCACACUGGAGAGAAGCCCUUUAAAUGCCGUGAGUGUGGAAAAGCCUUCAGUCACAGAUGCAGUCUGAGCAGACAUUUGAUGUCUCAUACUGGGGAGAGCCCCUAUGAAUGCAGUGCAUGUGGGAAAGCCUUUUUUGACCGUUCAUCCCUAACUGUACAUCAGCGAAUUCACACUGGAGAGAAGCCAUUUAAAUGCAGCGAGUGUGGGAAAGCUUUCUUUGACCGUUCUUCCCUCACUCGACACCAGAGAAUUCAUACUGGAGAAAGUCCUUAUGAAUGUAGUCAGUGUGGGAAAGCCUUCAGCCAGAAAAGCAUUCUUACUCGACACCAGCUAAUUCACACCGGCAGGAAGCCUUAUGAAUGUAAUGAGUGUGGGAAAGCCUUUUAUGGUGUCUCAUCACUGAAUAGACAUCAAAAAGCUCAUGCUGGAGAGCCUCGCUACCAGUGCAGUGAGUGUGGGAAAGCAUUCUUUGACCGCUCAUCCCUUACACAGCAUCAGAAGAUUCACACUGGAGACAAACCCUAUGAAUGCAGUGAAUGUGGGAAAGCCUUUAGCCAGAGAAGCCGGCUCACGCGACAUCAGAGGGUUCACACAGGAGAGAAACCAUUUGAAUGCAGUGUUUGUGGGAAAGUGUUCAGUUCUAAAUCAUCAGUUAUUCAACAUCAACGGCGCUAUGCCAAACAGGGAAUAGACUGAAUUGGGUGAAAGCUUUAGUCAAAGGACCUUCAUGAAAACUUAAAAUAGGUCUUCCCCAUCUUAAAUCCAUCGAUUGAUCAUUCUAGCUAUUCUGGCACCUACUCUCCUGUCUCUGCUACCACAGUAUUUGAAUAAAAACUCUAUUACAUUAUAGAACUGAAGUGGGAUGCUGGAAAUUAAGGUGCAACUUUAUAAAUAUAGAGUCAACAAUUUGCAGAAGUUUCUCAGACAAUAGGAUAAAUGUUAGGAGGUGAUCCUCACACACACACACCUAUUAACUGAGGCCCCUGGCAUCACUGCACUUUAAAUAACUGGAGGCUACAACAGGAGGGGAAAGGCAAAAUUGUAUCAGCAGGAUUAUUGUUUCCCAAAUAGUUUCUUUUAUAGCUGUUAGUCCCUCUCUUGGAGCUUUUUGGGGCACUGAUCUUUUUGUUCAGCCCCAGCUUUUAGAUCUCUUUAAUAUGGUUACUACUAAUAGCUAGCACUUAUUGAACGUUUGUUAUAGGUAAGCACUCAGCUAAGAGUUUUCCAAGAUUAUUUGAUCUUUUCAACAACCCUAUUAAGUAGGUACUCUUACUACCUGCAUUUUACAGGUGAGCAAACUAGAGUUUAGAGAGGUUAAAUAAAUUGCCCAAGGUGACAGCUAGAAAAAGUUGAAGACAGGUCUACCUUCAAAAUCUAUUCCCUUUACUGUUAUGUUAUAAAGUUUGUUUUGUAAUUGAAGUGCAUGUGUUAGCUACUUAAUUAGAUUGUAAGCACUUGGAAGCAUGGCCUGUGUCUUUGUAGCUCACACAGUGCCUUGCAAAUAAUAGGUGCCCAAUAAAUAUUUAUCUGAAUUAAUGACUUUUCUUGUUCCCCAGUUCUAUUGAAAACAUCUCUUGUAUUCACAUCCUUUCUCUGAAUUCUCAGUUUAGCCUAUACCUUUAUCAUCAAAGGGACUCAUUACUGCAGUAGUCACUUUCUGAUUCUAGUUCUUCCCUCUUCAUCACUGAAGAGAGAUAUGCUAAGCCAUGAUACCAUAACCCCAAAUAGACCAAGAUUAAUUUCUCAUAUAAAACCUGAUGUCAGUCUGUGUACUCCAUCCUCAUCAUUUAGAACAUGUUGCUUCCAAGGUCAUCAUGGAAGAAAAAGCUGGAGGAUUUUGUGAGUUAUUUUUAAGAGUCAUCACUUGUAUCCACAUCUCAUAAGCCAGAACCCAGUACCAAGUAUCAGUACCAAGAAGUAAGGAAAGUACACCCUGACUGGUGUGGCUCAGUGGGUUAAAAGUCAGCCUGUUGACUGAGGGCACAUGCCUGAGUUGCAGGCCAGGCAUGUGGGGGUGCGUGAGAGGCAACACGUUGGUGCUACCCUCCCUCCCUUCCCCACUCUAAAAAUUAAUACUUUUUUUAAAAGGCUAGCAAAGGAAACGAGCACUUCGAUAUUUGGUUAACAACAGCUUCUGUUACAUAUUGCCUCUUAUAGUCCAUUCUUUCCAAAUGACCCUUCUAUCCAUCUUUGUCUUAGGACUCAACAUUGUGUCUCAAUUAGUGAUGUGUCCCCAGAUAUAAAGGUUUAGCUUGAUGUGAUCCCCCAUUGCUGAACUUUUAAGUCUUGUCUCUCCAAAUUCUUCUAUUCCCUGGCCUCAGCCCAAUUUUUUGAAUUGAAGGUCAGGCAUCAGGCAACUUUGACUCGAGGUAUCUGCUUAAGGUGAAGCCUGGAGAGGACUUCAACCUACUAAUAUCCCUGUGGAUUUUGGCCCCCCUUUGAGCAGAUGAAUGGCAGGGAAAGCUUCAUAUGUGGACUUUUGAAGCAACUUGAAGAAAAACAGUAUAGAAUCUAUUGAAAUGGAUAAUAUUGGGUAUUAUUUAAUAAGAUUAAGACAAAAAUAAAAGGGACUAUUGAUAUCCUUUUGGCUGA